AUGAAACAAAUUAAUGAAUUGGUCAACUUUAGUGCACAAUGCUCUUCACCAAACCUCUCAAUGAUUCAUGAUCCUUUCCAUACAAAUACCAAUUUUCAUCAUGCUACAAAUAUGAAUUCUCAUCAUUCGACCUGUAUGAGUAGUAGUAGCAGUAGUAGUUGCAGCAGCAGCAUGGGCAAUCAUCACCACGGAUUGACCACCAACACUUCUACUGUAACCAUUCCUCAGAGUUUAUUUGCUCCAAAGCGACAACGAAGGUCAACCGAUCAUUCCAAAGUGGUGGUCAAGAGUUAUGGAAAGAACAGCAAUAGUUCCGCAUCAGGUGCUGUGAUGGCUCAUUUCAAAUCUCUUUCCUAUAAGCCACAAAAGAGAUUAAGAAAGAAGAAAAAGGCUGACCCAAAACUUGUCGAUUUUCUCUGGAGACAAAUUGAAUCAGCAGACAUUCAUGCUGUAUCGGUUUUGAAUCUUCCCAAUAAUGACUCGAGUGAAUCAUCAUCAUCAUCAUCAUCGUUAUCACCAAAUUCUAGUGCUUUAACGGAAUGGUGUUGUGAUACCAAUCGAUUCCACUCUUACCAUCAUCACCACACCUGUCCAUUUCAUAGAAAGAAUCCUACCAAAAAAGCUUCUUUAUCGUUAUCUGGUGUGGUAGGUCAUGGAUGCGAAGAAGAUGGAGUGCCUCGAAUUGAAAAGAAUCGAGUGGUUAGAACUUCAAUUUCUAUCAGAGAAUUACUCUUGUAA